GGAUACAAAUUUGUCAACGAUAGUUAGUGGCAUUCAAAAGACGUUUACAUUUCCUCGAUUACACUUUAUCACAAACCUUUCAUCGUUCAAUAUACUUCCAAUACAUUUUUCUUUGUCGUCAUAAUGGAGGAUCGAUUGGGAGAGGCAACCGAUGCCUCAUCGGAAGAAUCAGUUACUUCAGGCAGCGAACAUGUAAGAAGAAAGAGAUUCAAAUUCACUUUGACCAAAUCUCGUAAUAUUCCCUCUGACUCGGACUCGUCUUUCAAUGCAAACCGGCCCACAUCUACAACCAAAAAGAAGAAAAACAUCAAGCAAGCAGUCGAUAGUGUUGUCGAUUCAGUUGCAGAUCUUCUCGAAAGUCUUCGUAUAUAUAAAUCUGAAAAACGCGAUAAUGAAUGUACGGAUACUUUGGAUGCGUCGGCACAAACAUUAAAAGGGCAGGUAAUCAAGCUCACCGAAGUUGUAAAAGAGAUGGAGGACUGUGCUGCAUCAAUAAAGGCAAAAAACCAAAAUCCAGGUCAACAAGAAAAAUGAAGAUAGUGGAAAAAUGUACAAAAAUGUUAAUCAAAAAAUAUACAACGAACAAAAUGGCCUAUAUAACAAAGAAAAUGAAGAAACCAAACAGACUGUAAAUUUUAAGUCUAUUUG